AUGCAAUAAAAUGAGAGUUGCAAUUAAUGGUUCAUUUUUCCUAAAAGUUAAGGUAAGUACAAAAAACUUAAGGGAAUAAGUUAGUAGAAGGCAAUUUAAAUUUUUGAAUAUAAUUGGAAAAGGUAGAUUUGGAAGAAUUUGAAGAGUAAGAAUAAAGAAGAAUAAGAAAUUAUUUUCAUUAAAAGAAAUGUCAAAAAAAAAGUGUUAUUUCAAUUUUAAAUGAGAAUAUUUCUUAGAAUAUAUGCAUCAUCCUUUUUUUGUUAAUAUGUGGUAAGCAUUUUAGGAUAGAGAUAAUUUAUUUUUGAUUAUAGAUUUAUUGAUUUGUGGUGA